AACAGCAACAUGUCAUUCAAAACGCAGUCUUAGUAGAGAUGACGUCGAAUCCAGAUAAACAGAUCUCGCUUUGGUUUAACAAACAGCAACAGCCAAGAGCGCGAGUCAAUAACAAAUCACUGAAGGACGUAAGUGCUUUCUGUGGACUGCACUUUGAUUUACCCAUACGAAGGAAGGUGAACAGUUUCAUCCGAGCAUUGCACAUCUCAAGAAGCCAGGCUGUCACUUGGGCCAGAGAACGGCACAACGGGAGGUAAGGCCGCAGUCGCCGGGGCUCGUGCUAUGAGGCUAGCCUGUGUGCGCAAGAGUUGAAGCGGAGGCGAGAGCGAGUAGGGGGUCGCAGAAAGCCCACAUCCAUCAGGCGGUGGCGGCAGGAAGCAAGCGGGUAGUUCGGCAGUCGGCGAGUGUGGGAAACACAUCGCACAGCUGGCAUGCUCAUGGGGCUCUACGUCGUGCAGUCCGGGUGCAGUGCACGUGCACCUGUCGUUGCCUGUGGUCGCUGAUCCUGCUAGCACCUCACGGCCUCUCCCUUACCUGGGGGAGGGGGCGUGGUAAAGGGACAGUUACCUGAGGGGUCUUGUCAUGACGGGGCUGAGGACGCGGUCGGCGGAGUACGAGGCCGUACGUCAGACAUCCGUGACGGAGGUGAUGCACAACACUGCCGCGAUGAUCAGCCACCAGUCGGACGCAGCUGUGGCCGACCCGUCGCAUUCCAAACGCCAGUUACGAUGUGGCUGGGGGACUUUUGCCCCCUCUGGCUGUCAACGAUUCCGAAAUGCCAAGUGUUUCUUGUUUUGGCUGUGUUGGGCCGGGGCCUUACAGGGUAUGGUUGUAAAUGGUUUUGUGAAUGUGGUCAUCUCAACAAUAGAGCGUCGAUUUGAGAUUACAAGUACUGAGUCUGGUACCAUUGCCAGUUGUUAUGACAUUGCUUCUGUCAUCUGCUUGAUUCCUAUCUCAUACUUUGGAGGGCGUGGUUUGAAACCACUGUAUGUAGGAGUUGGCAUCUUCGUCCUAGCUUUGGGUUCCUUCACCUUUUCGUUGCCACAUUUUACUACCUCGGUGUACAAGGUUUCUAAUUCAGAGGAAGUCUUGUGCAACCAUGGCUCAAAUGCUACAACAUGCAUGGCAGAUGAAGCAACUCUCUCCAACUACAAAUAUGUCUUCUUCUUGGGCCAGCUGCUUCAUGGUGCAGGGGCUUCCCCCCUCUACACACUGGGCACAACAUACCUGGAUGAAAACCUGCCAGUUCCGUCAGCUGCUCUUUAUCAAGGUAUCUACUAUGCUUCAGCCAUCAUUGGUCCUGCAAUAGGUUAUUUAGCAGGUGGGGCAUUCCUGAGCUUAUACACAGACUUCAUGAAACUGGACAGAACUGAAUUAGAUAUCGACAAGGAGAAUCCUAAAUGGGUGGGUGCAUGGUGGAUUGGUUUCUUGGUCAGUGGUCUUAUUGGGGUUCUUAUUUCCUUGCCAAUCUGUGGAUUCCCUAUACAUCUGCCAGGUUCAGAGAAGUACAAAGUGGAGAGAGAGAAGGAGGUGUAUCAAGGCAAGAACAAAGAAGAAGGGGUGGAAAGAGAAGUCUCAGGCAUGCAUGACAUCAUGGUAUCACUUAAAGUCAUGCUUACCAACCCCACUUUCAUGUUCCUAAAUUUAGCUGCAGCAUGUGAAGGUAUUCUUGUAAGUGGGUUUUCUACUUUUGCACCUAAGUUCAUUGAGUUCCAGUUCAGCAUGUCUUCAGGAACUGCAGCACAAUAUGUUGGGAUGAUAGCAAUUCCUGCAGCAGGCGGUGCAACAUUUGCUGGAGGAUAUAUUGUCAAGCGCUUUGAUCUGACCAUACGUGGCAUUCUAAAAUUUUGUGUGGUGGUAACCAUUAUAACUGUUGGCUUUGGCUUUGUCUUCCUCAUACACUGCACCAAUGUGCCCUUUGCUGGUGUCAACGUCCAGUAUGCUGCGGGAAAUAACUUUUCAGAAAGGAAUGGUCAGCAGCUUGUGGACACAUGCAAUGCUGUCUGCAAUUGUUCACCUGAUGAGUACCUGCCUGUGUGUGGCAGUGAUGGCGUUAUGUACUACUCAGCCUGUUUUGCGGGGUGCAGUGACAUAAUCAGGGAAGACUCAAUCAUCAAAAAAUACAGUAACUGUAGCUGCGUGGGCUAUCAGCUGACACCCUAUGAUAAUGCCCAGUGGACAGCUGAGAAGGGAAAGUGUAAGAGUACAUGCUCCUGGUUACCAUUAUUCUUGGUCCUGUGCCUAGUCAUGAUUGGUGUCUUCAUAACUUCAAUGCCAGCACUUGCAGCCUCACUGAGAUGUCUUCCUCAAGAUAAGCGAUCUUUUGGACUGGGCAUUCAGUGGAUAAUAGCAAGAUGUCUAGGGUCCAUCCCUGGUCCUAUCUUGUUUGGGAAGGUUAUUGAUGUGACCUGUGUGUUGUGGCAAGAUCGCUGUGGAGGAGAGGGCGCAUGCUAUUUCUACAACAACAUGCAAAUGAGCUACAACCUACUGGCCAUUGGCCUUGUGUUCAUUGUGCUCUCUGUAAUCUUCUUUGCUUUGGCUCUAGUGUUCUAUAACGCUAAGCCAGCUGUUGAAGAAGACAAUAUGCUAACAGUCACUGCCAACGGCAGUUCCAUUCAUUCCAGCCUGACUACACUUACCAUGGUUUCCACUCCUGCGAGUACUCCCACUACAGAAGUCCCAUUCUCCUCCAUAGGUGAUCAGUCUUUUGACAAUGGUGACCCUGGGAUUGACACGGAAGGCCAGAACUGCAAAAAAAAUUAGCAUUCCUGCUUGUGACAAAUAACUUAAGUAAUUUUGCGUCCUUGUGUAUUUCUUUCUUCAGGUACUUUGUGUAUUGUGAUCUUGAAAUUAGAAAACUAUGUUCUUAUAUAUACAGACUCAUAGAUGAGAUGUGUAUAUAGAAGCACUUCACAAAACCUGCUGAAGUAUUUAAAAAUGUUCAUACUUUAAAUUAUAUGUACAUAAUAAUCUUUUUCAUUCUUUUUGUUUAUUAAUCAGUUUGUCUCUCUGAUGUUUGAGAGAUUGGCAAGAGGGCAUCACUUCUAUUUGUUGGCUGCUACUGUAGGACACUUGAGUUCAUGUUUCCAUGUUCUUCUCCAGGUUUCUUUAGGCCAGGGAUGAGAAACUUUUUUUCCUCCAAGGGCCAUUUUGAUAUUUAUAACAUUAUUUGCAGGACAUACAAAAUUACUGAAAAACUAGCCUGCUUUAUUUGGUUAAGAUAUAGUUUCGCCACAUUAAAAGAUGUAUGUGUAUAGUCCCAGACUGCCUGGCACUGGUGUCCUUUGAGUUGCCACAAUUUGCCCUUUUGUAAUUAGGUGCACAAAAAAUAUGCUCUGCUUCUAUGAAGAGCAUAGUGUUUGGAGUGUAAAAUAUAUGUUUAUAAUUAAAGGGUUCCUAGAGAAGACAGUAUAGUAACAAAACCUUUUUUACCAGAUAAUGCUUUUUCAUUUGUUUAUCCUUUGGAAAUCCCUGCAAGGAUAACUUUGGACACUUGUAGGCAAACUGUAUACCAAGUUACAUGGCAACGUCAGUGAUUACUGUUUUAUUGUAUGAGCCGACAUGGUCGAAGAAUGCUGCAUGUAUCAACAGCUGAUAUCAAACUGUAAGUGGUCUACCCACAGUUCGGGUGAAGGUCACAUGCAUGCUUCAUUCUCCGAUAUUGUCCAUGUAGGCCACAGGAAGCCGACAAGAAGCAUAUGUGUCUGUCCUGUCAUGUCUUUCCUGUAAUGGACGUUCCUUUUUUGUCCCUCAAAAUGUGUCAUGUUAUUGCUGUUAUUCACAUAAUAUACAUUUUGUGUUUUUGUGAAAAAAAAUCAUAGACAUAGCUGCCUUGGUGGACUGGAUCAAAUGGCGUUCCUCACUCCUGCUUUAGACCCUUGUGGCCUCUUCUUAGGGUGUCUAGUGGAUUGGAGUGGAGUACUUUUCUUUUUAGUGUGGUGUAAGCAUAUUGAAACCAGUGAGUGGUGUUGGCCAGAAGAAUGGAUGUUUAUCACCAGCAUUUUCAUUUCCCUGUUUUCCAAAGCUUUAAGCAGAUGUUGGGCAAUAUAUGAUGUUUCUGACUUUGAAUAUUCAUUCAAAAUAUUUGAAGCACAAAGAGGUUUUAUCAGUCUUCUCAAGUACAAGAAGACUUUAAUGCGGUUACUAUUGCUCACCAUGCUCUUCCUAAUGCAAGAUGUUUGUUAACCACCAAACGUGGGAAAGUAACUGAGAAAAGGGAAAUAAGAAAUGAAAAAAAUACAAACUACAAAAUAUUAUCAUUUAUCUCAUUCCCAGUUUACUAUGACCGGUGCUCACAUACCAGAAUAUGCCUUUGUCUUACCGGCGGUUGCAUAUUAAAGAAAACAGUUUAUUAAAAAUAUUGGCAUAAUUAAGACCCAAAGGGCAGCUAUAACAAGCAUUUUGGGGUCUUAAUCAUAGUAACCUAGGCAGCUAGGUUCAAAAUCAGCAUUAAAGGCUAACUAAAGUAAACAAUAAAGUAAUAAAAUAUUUUGGUCUUGACCUUUUUUUCCAAAAUGCAGGUGCUGUUGCCUCAAUUCCUUUACCUUGGUGCUUUCCAUUUCCUUGGCUGUGGCAUGUUUUGAUCAUGAUUAAAGAGAGUGCAUAAAUAUGCAUGUCUGUGCACGCUCCUGCAUGAGAGAGAAAAUAAAAAUCAAAUCUUUCUUUUCAGCUUUUUAAUUAAAUCGGGUAAACUUAAAGUCUAACAAAAUUCUAGAUCAGAGUUAACAAAAGGACUAUAGCAACUAUUGAGUGACAUCAACAUCUCCUUUUGCAACUCCAAGCCAUUCCUUUCAAGCUUAAGUGGACUAACAACCAUCAUAAGGCAAUCACUUCAGAAUGUCUCUUCGAAACAAUUUUUUUCCUCUAUGCAAGGUACUCUCUAUUGAGACAAUACUGCUUGCUGUUUUUCUAUAUUUGGUGUAAAGAUCUACCCCCUAAUAUGUAAAAUAAUUUUGAGUGGGUUUCAAAGGCUUUUUGGGUAUUUCAAAUCAAAACUAUAUUUCCUGGUAAUUACUUGAUGGUAUUCUUGAAAUGAAAGUAAAGAUUGAGUUGAACUUCAGUAAAGAUCUCCAAUACUAUAUAUUUAAAGAAAUGUUUGAAAAGUACAUGGGUGUUAAUUAGAUUUAAUCCUUCAAGAUGGAAUAAAAUAUUAUUUGAUGUUACAAUCUUAGUAUGUUUGCUUGAAAUAUGUAAUAUGUACAGUGUGAAGUAAAUAACAUUUUAGAUAAUAUUCAUUUCCUUUACACUCAUGUCUAUGAUUAAGACUACCUACAGUCUGCACCAUGAAAUGGAAUCAAAAGCUUUAUUGAAUGUACAUUUAAAUCUAUGACUGGUAUAUAUAUAUGUGAAAUUUUUUUGUACUAUACUUUUCCCCAUGAUGUUUCUAUCUCUAGAUAAACAUUAUAGCAAUAAAGAAGCUGUGCCAGAACUACCUAUUGCGAUUUCCUGUCAUGCUUAGAAAAAUGUUGUUUUAUAUAGGUAGUAUAUUAAUUAUUAUGACAGUUGUGCUGGCAUAUGAUGUAAAGAUAGAUAUAAGAGAUAUUUCUUGUCAAGGUUAUCUGUUGAACUGAUAAAGUGUAAAAUUUCGUUUUGACAUGAAUCAUGUUUUUUAAGUCUGAUAAAUUGUGAGACAAAUUCUUCAUAUUUAAUUUUCACCAUUUCAAUGCCAAGAUUUAUCUCAAAUUUACAUGUGCUGUUUUUCAAAACAAAUGCUGAAGACCUUUUUGGUUUUUCUUUAUUUAUCAAGCAAUCAUACACCAUACUUUUAUGCUGCGUUAAAAAAAAAAAAAUGUUGGGUAGCAUAUUAUUUUUCAAGUGCUGUUGCCACUUGUGUACAUAAUCACUAUUUUCUGCCUCUAAGGAAAUCCUGGCAGCAAUAUAAUUUGAGACAGCAUUGUGUACUGGCAGCAAAGUGAAAUAAAUGAAUUUUAAAUAUAAUCUGAGACAGUAACAUAUCAGUGCACACAACUUGCUCUUCUAGCUCUGAGCUUCAGACAAAUGUGAUUGGAGCAUGUAGGCCUUAACAGACCAAAUUGUAAGGACCAUAUUGUAGCUGAGAACUUGGCCAAGUGUUUUAGAGACACACUACAUCUGUAUUUACUGCAUAAUCCCAAUUACUGUUGCUUCAGCGCCAGUGACCAAAGUUUGCAUGACAGCUAUAGCUAUAGAGCUGAAGCCAGUGUUACUAGGAAUUACUUGAUCUACAUCAUCCUCCGGACUGCUUUUCAUUUUGGGCAAAAGAGAAAAAUUCUGAUAUUAUUUACUCUACAGUUUCCUUCAGACGCAACUUGUUUUCAUAAUGAUACCAGAUUUUUAUCAUGCAUGGACAAACUACUAAAUUGUUGAUAAAUUUUUUUUAUUAUUAAAAACAAUCUGUAUCUGUUUGUGAUUGUUUGUGUUUGACAAAAAAGAUGGGUAAAGCUUUCCUUUCAGCAAAAAUGCAUAUGCCUAAAGAUGUGACAUCAAAUAUUAAAUGUUGUGAUGAAGAUGGGUCUUACAUGUUCAGCAUUGUUAUUAAAAUGAAUAAUAUAUGUUUAUUGAUGUUAUGAAAAUGGAUGCUUACUUUGGAGGUGCUAGCAGUUUGUUGUCAUGCAUUAUAAGAUAAAAUGUGACUUGCGUGUCUAUGAAGGUGACAGUUGUUCAGUGUACUUGUAAGCUGCCUACUUAUUCAUUACGUAAAUGUCUGUUGCCUGUUGCUAUUACCUAUUAUGAAAAAAAGCUACAUUCUUAAGAAAUGACUUUUGUAUACACACAUUUUCACAGUUCUUUAAAUUUUUGUGCCUGAUACAGAUUUGAAGAACAGUAGACACAAGUCUCAUGAGAGUACAUGUGUUGGGGAAUUAUGUUUUAGCAUGCAAAUGGUCCACACUCAUGUUUGUGCAGAAUAUUUACUUGUAUGAAUCCUCACUCCCAACACGGACAGAAGUAUACACAGGGUUGUGCGUUACUGACACAUAUAUUAUACAGGCACAUGUGCAUGCAAGCUCAAGCCUGUACACGAAUGAGGGUUCACAAUGCCAACAGACUUACAGUUAAGGAUAUUUUGAACACUCUUUGAUUGAUGCAGCUCUGAUUUGAAAUCGUAAAAAGUAUAUGCUACACUUUGUCUAUGAUGUUAUCAAACUUGCUGAUGUUGCACAAAAUACUUGCCUUGAAUAUUGCUGGUAUUGAUGAGCUGAUCCUAGUGUAGUUAUUGGAAAAAUGAGUGAUGAUUUGUGUUGUAUGGAGGCUGCUACUAAGGCAUCAAUAAUGCAUCUUGGAUUGAACAUCUGAUAAUAGAUAUCACACAGUUGUUGAAUAUACAUCACAUACUAAAUUGUUUACAAAAGAAAAAUUUACAACAUAUAUUUUAUGAAAUAAUUUAUUGUGAAUUUAUUUUGUGAAAAUCUUAAGCAUGAAAUAAAAGAUAUUGCAACAGGUA